AUGAACGACCCACUGGAAUGGUAUUACGAGAUACCGAUUGUAUCGCGGCUGUACUUGACAGGGUCCUUUCUUACGACGACGGCCUGUGCGCUGGAUCUAGUGUCACCUUUUUCACUAUAUUUCAACUUUAACCUGAUUUUCUUUAAAGGACAAGUAUGGCGACUAGUGACAAAUUUUCUGUUUUUUGGGCUAUUUAGCCUUGACUUCCUAUUCCACAUGUACUUUGUUGUUCGUUACUGUCGACUUCUAGAGGAAGGAUCAUUCCGGGGUCGGACAGCGGAUUUUAUCUACAUGUUGCUGCUGGGCGCCGCAUUUAUGAUUUUAGUGGCACCUUUUGUGAACAUUCACUUUCUGGGAUCGUCAUUGACGUUUAUGAUGGUGUACCUCUGGGGUCGACGUAACGAGCACGUGCGGAUGAGCUUCCUCGGUCUGUUCCCAUUCACGGCACCCUACCUACCUUGGGUGCUGUUUUCCUUUUCUAUUCUGUUAGGAAACAGCGCCACAACGGAUCUGAUCGGCAUUAUUGUUGGGCAUAUCUAUUAUUUUUUGGAAGAUGUCUAUCCUACUAUCGCAAGCAUACGAGGCUGGAAAACUCGACGACCUCUUGCUACCCCACGUUUUAUCCGCUACUUAAUUGAUCCACGUCCUGUAGCAGUUAACAACGAACCGAUUUUAAAUGAUUUCGGUGGCGCCGAACAUCACUUACACGCCGAUGUUAGAUUGCAAUCGUGA